AUGCCCAAACCCGCCAAUAAUCGUCCAAGAGCAGAGUCGGAUCCGCUCAGCAAGUGGCUGCAGCCCAACGGUGUAGAGACUCCCCAGGAGCGCGAGGCUCGUCCCACCAAGAGGCCCAGGCCAAAAAGAUUAGCGACGCCAUUGACGAGCAGCCUGAAGGAAAAGGCAGAGCUCAGCAAGAAGAAAAGGAAGUUCGAAUCCUCCUCUUGGCGGUAA